GCCAUUCCUGCUAGAAACUCCUGCCUAUUGCGCAGUAUCUGGGCUGUAUGAGACCAUGAAUGAAAUGAACUCUAUAUAGUCUCAGCCACUGAUGCGGGUUCAGUCCCGCUAUGCGGCGCGCCGCGACGAUGGCGCGCUGCACUCCCUAUUCGCGGGCGUGCAGCCCGCGCAGCGCGGCCCAAGAGCUCGGCGGAGACAAAAUCUUUUUGGGAUGCGUAACAUGCUCAUCGCUGCAGUGUGCGUGACCAGCCUGCUGUUCUGGCUCGCUGUACAAUACUACGUGCGUCCCACCCAGCAUUGGAAAGCCCGGGUGUUUGGGGAGGACCCGUAUGACAGCUUCUACGGCGAUGCUCGCGCGCUGUCAGACGAGGAGCUUCAGAGCUUGGCGACGGACCUGCAGGAGAACGAGGAGGGCUACUACUAUGGUGACGUCGGCCGCUCGGACGACGCCGGGAACGCCGGCAGUAGCAGCAGCAGCAGCAGCAGCAGCGGCGGCGCUGACGGUGGUAAUGGGAAUGCCGCCGCCGGCAGUAGCAGCAGCAGCAGCAGCAGUAGCGGCAAGGAUGGCGGAGACGGGGGCGGAGGCGUCGCGGAGGACCUGCAGGAGUCGAGUGCCAAGAUGACCAAGGUUUGGGCGGCGCUGUGGGAGCGAGGCGUGGGCAGAAACAGGUUCAAGGGCACAGGCGGCGGCGACGACGGCGGCCAGCAGCUGCAGCGUGGCUCCGCGGGCCGACCUCCGCCGCCUCCGCCGCUGGACUCGUGCCGCCGCUGCGCGGCCUUCUCAGCCACGGACUUCCUCCCUGGCGCCGCCGACGCGGCCCUAGCAGCGCAAGACCCCUUCUGGGCCGUGCUACAGCCUGGAAAGGCGGGGGCUGCUACAGCCGAGGCGGUCGGGUCUCAGGCCGGCAGUAGCAGCAACAGCAGCAGCAGUGGCAAUAGUACUGUUGGAAGAGGUAGCGGCAGCGGCAGUGGCAGUAGCAGUGGCGGGAAAGGGGCGGGGCUGGAUGUGCGGCGGCGGCAGUGCCGGCAGCACGCGCCGUACAUUGGUGGUGAGGUGCGCGGCCCCUUCCUGGAGCGCUACCACCACCGCAUCAUACGACACAUCCAGAGCCCCGAGUACCGGGCCCGCGCCGCCCGCAUCGCCGCUCACGGCGGCCGCGGCCUGCUCAUCCCCGCCGGCGGCCCGCGCUACACGUCCAACCUGCUGGUGACGCUGCACGUGCUGCGUCGCCACCUGCGCUGCACCCUGCCGGUGGAGGUGGCGUGGCAGGGCGAUGAUGAGAUGGAUGCUGUGACGUGGGCGGCCAUUGAGCGCCAUUUUGCGCCCAUCCGGGGGUUCAACGUCAAGAGGCAACCGCACCCCGUGCCCGGCCUCCACGGGAAGACCUUCGACGCCACGUCCUACAGCGGCAAGGUGUUCGCACUGGCGCUGUCCGAGUUCAAAGAGGUCCUGAUGGUGGACGCCGACUCGCUGCCGCUGCUGGACCCCAACACGUUGUUCGAGGACCCGCGCUUCCAGGCGCACGGCAGCCUGUUCUGGCCGGACGCCUGGACGGGGCAGGCGUCCCGCGGGAUCAUGGAGGUGUACGGCAUUGACGCAGAAAAGGCCGAGCGUGUGUUGGCCAUGGGUCGCGGCACGGGCCGGCGCGAUGCGGAGAGCGGGCAGCUGCUGCUGGACCGCAGCCGACACCUGGACGUCAUCGAGGCCCUGCUGUUCCUGAACCGGCACCCGAGCUCCAACGCCGGCCUGCUGUGGGGUGACAAGGACACCUUCUGGCUGGCGGCGGCGCUGGUGGGCAAGGCGCACUGCUACAACCAGGUGGCCGUGCCGCCGUCCGGCAUGUUCCACUGGGCUCCCGACAUGUUGCUCAACAAGAUCACGAACACGAAAGGACCAGGCUGGCAGUUGGGCGGUUUCGUACAAAACCUGGAAGACGAACCGUUCGUGUACGGCGUCAACAGCAUGGCGGGCGCGCCCGCGCCGCCGCCGCCGUCACCGCCGCCGGAGCCGCCGCUGCCGCCGGCGGACCCGUCGCCGCCGCAGGCGCCGCCGUCGCCGCCAUCGCUGCCGUCGCCGCCACUUCGUUGGCACCGCAAGAAGAGGCACCGACCAGGUCACGGCCUGGACGUUUCAUCUUCAACUGAAACAACGACGAGGUCGGAGUCGCUUCAUGUCCACAGGAAGGUGGGGAGGACGGUGGGCGACAUAGUACAGGGCAUGCUGGAGAAGGACCGCGCGCGGCAGCAGGAGCAGGAGGCGGCGGAGGCGGCGGUGGCGGCAAAGGAGGCCAGGGAUGCCGCAAAGGCGGCGGCGGCGGCGGCGGCGGCGGCGGCAGGGAAGCAGGAGGGCCGGCGGCGGCUGCUGGCGGCGGCGGCGGAUGCGGAUGCCGACGGCGACGAUGGCGAUGCCGACGCCGGUGACGAUGCCACGGAGGCUAACGCUCAGGCGGCGUCGGAUGACUACAUGGCUGCAGCCGCCCGCGCCGCAGCCGCCACCCCGUCGCCGCCUCUGCCUGCUCCUUCGCACCCCGCCCCACCAAAACUACCGCCCCUGCCGCCGCUUCCGCCGCCGCGGGCGCCGGACGCGACGCGAAACGAGUCAGUCCUGGCGGCGGCGCGCGCCGCGGCGGCGGCGGACACUGCUGACGAGGAUGCCGUGGAGUCUGACGCGGCGGCGGCGGCGGACGAGCAGGCGGCGGCGGAGGCGGGCGCGGCGGCGGAGGUUGACGGCGCGUUGGCGGCGGCGGUGGCGGCGGCGGGGCUGAACACGACCGAGGCGCACAAGCACGAGGGCAGGUGGCGUCAGCUGGUGGCGGCUGUAGCAAGGGCCACCUCGGGCCUGGAGGCUGGGCUGCUGGCGGGCCGGGCGGGCGAGGCGCUGGACGGCAGCAGCAGCAGCGGUAGUAGCAGCAGCAAUAGCAGUAGCAGUAGCAGUAGCAGUGGCAGUAGCGGUAGCGACACGACGUCGGCGCCUCCACCCAGUCCAACAGCAGCCGAAGGUCGUGUCAGCACUGCCGCCGUCACCCCGCAGCCGCCGCCGCCGCCGCCGCCACCGUCACCGCCGCCUGCUGCAAUCCCAGCCGCGGCGGCGCCCUCUCCUCCUCCCGUGCCCUCUCCUCUGCCUCAGCCCCAGCCCCGACUACAGCCACCUCCCACGCCACAGCUCCCGCCGCAACCGCCCUCCCUCCCGCCGCCGCCGGCCCAACCCGCCCCGCCCUCCCGCCCGCCAUACCAGCCGCCCGCCUGGCCGCCCGUUGUGCUGCGGGCACCGCAGUACGGCAGCAGGGGCCACGGCCGCGCGCCGCGGCCCGGGGAGUCGCUGCUAGCCCCCCUGGGCCCUGGUUUGACACGCCCUGUGUUCCUGCACCGCACCAUCAACAAGUGGGGUCAGGGGGCGGCGCCAUGGCUGCCGGAGGUGAUCAGCGCGCCCGUGACACAGCGCUGGGCUGGAUACUACCUGGCCCACGAGUCGGAGGGUCCCACGCGGGGCAUACCCUGGGACUUCGUCGUACCCGCACACGCCCUCACCAUCCUGGAAGCCACCGCACCCGACCCGGCGGCAGUAGCAGCAGCAGCAGCAGCAGCGGCUGUAGCACGAGCUGUAGCACCGCACGGAAAAGGGACAGCGGAAGAGGCGGAUGGCGGCGGCGGCGGCAGUAGCGGCGGCGGCGGCGGCGGCAGUAGCGGCGGCGGCGGCGGCGGCAGUAGCCGUGGUAGCGAACGGCAGCAGCCUGAGCUGUCGGGUUUGAGGUGGCUGCCUGCUGGGGUGACGGGGAGCGGCUCGCAGUCACGCGGCGUCGCCGCAUGGUUGGCGGAGUGGCGCAGCAUUGGCGGCCGCCGCGGCGGUAGUAGCAGGAGCAGCGGCGGCGGCGGCGGUGGGCCAGAUGAUGCUAAGCUGGCGGAAUGGCGGACGUGGGGGCUGGAUGGAGCUGGCAGCGCAGCGGAUGAGGAGGAUGAUGAGGGAGAUGGUGGUGGUGGCGGCGGCGCUUUGUGGGGGUGGUGGUUGAGCGGUAAGAGCAAGGCGGGUGCCGGCGGCCGCCGCAGGAGCGACUCGGCAGUAGCAGAGGCUCCUGCUGCGGCUCCUGCUUUGGCCGCCAACGGCAGCAGUAGCACCGGGAGCAGCAUGAGCAGUAGCAGCAGCAGCAGCUCGAUUGCGCCGAAGUUGUGCCCCCUCAUUGGCGGUGGCAGCAGCGGCGGCAGUAGCAGUGCCGAGAAGGCGGCGGCGGCGGCGGCGGCGGCGGCGGCGGCGGCGGCGGCAGGGGUCGGUGGCGAUGUCGGUGGCGGCGGCCACAGCUGCCCUUGGGGCCGUGCUGACGUGGAGGCGUAUCUGAAGGCCAUCGAUGCGGGUCUGCCACUGGACCGCCAUCCCGCACUGGAAGCCGCCUGCCGUACACAGCUGCUGGCGGCGGCGGCCGCCGCCGCCAACGCCACGGCCGCCGCCGCGGCGCGCUCAGAGGCAAUCCUCGCGGCUGUGGACGAGCAGAGACGCCUGCGGCGGCGCGAUCGCAUGCGUAACGCCGCCGGCCACGACGACGAGGGUGAAGAUGACGACUUUGAUUGGCUGCCCUGGUUCUUCCGGGGCGCCGUAGAUUCGUACCGUGAUGCGCGGUACGACGGAAUCCUGGACGUACUGCCGCUGCCGCGUACGACAGUGGCGCCGUUUGCCUACCUCGAAACCGAAACCGGCGAGGGCGGCGGCCUCGCCCCGCUGUCGCCUGAGAAUCUGGCGGCGCGGCGGCCGGAGGCGGCGGUUGAUUCGAUUGGCGGCGGCGGUACGGCGGCUGCUGGUACGACUGGUACGACGGCGAAGAGCUUUCUGUACUAUACGUGGGACGGCGAUGGGCUGGAUGCGCCGCCGCCGAUGCCGGCGCUGCGGCAGGACUGGUCCAGCCCCUGGCCCUGCUCCGACGCCCCCACCGCGGCGGCGCUACGUGCCGCUUACGCCGCCUACGCCUGGGUGCGGCGCCACAGGCGGCGAUUCCCGCUGCUGCAGAAGUAGUAAGGGGCGGCAGCAGCACAAAUAAUGAACGAAGCACGCAUAUUGCGGCUGUUAGGACUGCGGUGUGCGAGGCUGUCACCCUGUGCGGUGGCAAGGAUGCGCUUGGGCCUGAGGAGGCCUGGGAGGGAAGCUGGGUCGGGGGGCUUGUUGGGCGCCUGGGAGAGCGAAUCAAGGGGCGCAUCCGCUAACCUGAUUGAGAGCACCGAUGACAACUGAUGAUAGUCGCUUUUGCGAGCCGGGCGGCACGCGCGUGUCGGGGAUGACGCGCAGCUGGCGGUGUCAUAGCUGCACGAAACUGCGAAGUCGUCGAGCACUCGACUACUCG